AUGUCAAUUACAAUUUCAUCUUUGCUCUGCGCGGAGGAGAACAUAGCUCCUGUACCACUCCCUCACUCCGAGAAGCAGUCCGGCGUCCAGCAUGCUUGCGACGCGCCCCCUCCUCGUGGAUCGAACGACUACUCUCGGGACCCCUACUCCGAUGGCGGGGAGUCUCGCAAUAGCCUUUCGUUUCCUGACGAUGAGUGGGCUGACAGCCGGCCAAGCAAUUCGUCGACGCAAUAUGAUUUCAAUUCUAGCAUUGCCGCGAAGAAGCCAACGUCUGCACCUCAGCUCUUUGCCUCCUCUGGCGUGUUUGGUUCAGCUUCCAUACCUGCCUCCGACUCCAUGGAGCACUCCAGCCCGCCUUCAAGCGACGGGGUUUUUCUACGCUCAUCGCCAGGCCAAGAAUCCGCCCAUAGACCGUAUUUCUGUUUACUUUACUUUGCCGGUUGCCAGAGUGUGGUGAACACGAAAAGUCGCUGGAUGCAGCAUAUGCAAAACCACCUGAAAUUUGUUGUCUUCCGCUGCCAGAAUUGUCCCACAAAUCAAUUCUGGAACGAAACCAGUUUCAAAGACCACCUUCGUCGUCAGGACAAACCACCACUAGCAGACUAUGGAACGCUCAUCGAUCAGGCGCGAAAUUUGGGAAGAGAUCCACCGGACCGUUUGGAUUGUUGCACUGAAAGCUUUGUGAAACCUCUUGCUUGGGAGCACUAUGCUGAGCACGUCUGGACUGAACACAUCAGGUCGACAAAACGCAAUGAUCAAGUGGCCAUUCUCAAGCCAAGCGAGUCACUUAUCCACUAUCUGUGGACAUCUGCCAUCAUCUGUAAAGGCCGAGAUUCUACUUAUCAGCUCCGUGAGCUACAUCAGCACUCACCCGACGAUUCUACCUUAGCUCCCAUGCGUGCUUUCGACCCCAAGAAGCCCUCCGAUGACCCGGAGCUGUCUGUGCCCCACGCGAUGUGCCUCCUUUACCUGAAUCGGACGACUGCCCUGGGUACCUCGACAUCACCAACCGAAAAUCUGCUACGGACUAUACGAACAGGGGCACACAGACCGCAGCUGUGCUGUCCAGGAAGUUCAUCGCUCUUGGGUCCCCCCGAUACCGGCAACAGAACGAGCCGCCGAGCCCGCAGCAUAGCCCUGCUCCCCUUCCCGGCGCGUUCGCUGCGGUUCGGCGGCAACACGAGACCAUUGAACGCCGGCGAUGUCAUUUGA